AUGGAUGGCGUCUAUUAUGCUAUAUACUGCAAAAAUAUAAAUAUUAAUAAACCCAAAGGAUUUCAUAUGGAAGUUAAAGCUUGGAAUAAUGUGAAAAAUUCAAAUAAUAUUGUGCUAUUGGAACCAAAAUACUCAGUUAAUGACGAGCCAAGUGAAUUCUUUAAGGGUAUGCAGGAACAAUGCAACCAAGUAAGAAAUAAGUUCAACACUAUUAGACACUUUAUGGUUGUGGUACCUGGUGAGAUCCUAGAUUUGACUCUAUGGACACGAGAACUUCAAUACUGGAUAGAGAAUAAUGAGGUCCAUUUAGCUUUAUCACUUCCUGUUGGUGCUUAUGAAUUUUGGUCCAAGUUAGAAUUUAAAUUGAGAUAUCCGGAACAAUUAUCAGUCUUUUUAUACAUUGAUCAAAACAUACGACAGACAUUAGAUUUAGUUAAAUGGUUACAAGAACCUGUCAGCGCCAUAGUUUUAUCAUUUGGUGAUGAAUUUGAAGAAUUUUUAUCAAGGGAUUAUAUAAGACAAUUUCUUGUGAUGAUUUGCACCCAAAGGAAACCAUUAAUUACAUUGACAAUGGAUUCAGAACAAUGUACGAAAACUGCAGAUAUGAUCUUGAAAUAUGUCAAAUCUUUAUUAAUCGAAGGACCAAAUAUUAUGUCAAUCGAGGAAGAUGUAAUCCGGGACCCUUUACAACCUCUAAGAGAUGAUUUAUCCUUAGAUAUAUAUGAAGUAUUUGAGCGUGAUGAAAAUAAAUACAAGAUGUACGAGAAUGCAAUUAAACAAGCCUUAUUUGAUUUGGAUAGGACCUGUUACUCCACAUUAACAAUCCUUGUUAUAGGACCAGGAAGAGGACCAUUGAUAGAUAUUGUUAUGCGUAAUUCUUCGCAAUUAAAGAAACCUUUUAAAUUGGUUGCACUUGAAAAAAAUACUACUUGUUCAAAGAUCCUUGAUAAGAAAAAUAUUGAGGAUUGGGAUAAUAACGUGAAUAUCAUAUAUGAUGACUUACGACAUUUCAUUGACAAUAACCAAUGUCAGGUAUGUUUUAACUUAAUUAUUUCCGAACUACUUGGAUCAUUUGCCUGUAAUGAACUUAGUCCUGAGAUUCUAGAUGAUUGUGAAAAGAUACGAUUUGCCGAUACAAUUAUAAUACCCACUAGUUACCUGAAUUAUAUCCAACCAAUUUAUUCCCCCGUAUUGUGUCAGAUGACCAAUCGCAUAGCGUUGGAACAGCCAUAUGUGGUGAAUACCAAACCUUACUCGAUACGACAAAUUCUGGACAUCUACAUGGCAUGGGAUUAUAGACAUCCGGGACAGAAUUCUUUUCUGAAAGAGAUUCAUGUUGUGAUUGAUCUACCAACUAAGGGAGAGAUAGUUCACGGUUUCUUGGGAUAUUUCCAAUGUAACCUUUACGCAGAUUUCAAUAUUGGAAUCCACCCUAAUCAAGUUGGAUCUAUGGAAUAUUGUUCUUCAUGGGCACCGUUAUAUUUCGCUUUACGCGAAUAUAUUACCGACAGUUUUACGUUUGUCUUGAAGAGAAAGUUUGAUAAAACUUCAGUUUGGUAUGAAUGGGGAGUUAACAAAGUUACCAAUAAUAUAGAUGGUAAAGUAUAUAGAAUUGGAAAGAACUAA